AUGGAUGCUGGUAAGUGUGGUACUGAUGCUUCAAAGGCUACUCAUACCAUAACCAUUGACGAAACAGAUUAUUGUUGUAAAAUGCAAUUGGAAUGCUAUGACCAUAUAAAAGGAAUGCAUGAAUCAUCUAUGGCUGAUUGGAAAUAUCGUACGAUUUAUUACGAUAAUCAAAUACAAUGUGUUGAAUUUGAUGGAAGUCCUAAUCGCGAUUUGUGUUUAUGUGAUAAGCGCGCUGCUGAAUGUUUUAAAGGAGCGCUGUCUAGCUAUAGUUAUGACAAGAAAGACAUGAGUUUAUCGUCGGAUUGCCAGCCAAAAGUUACUGAUAUUGCUCUUCGCUGGAAUCCAGUAGGAGUCACAGUUGCCGGCACUACUGGAAUGCCGGGUGCAGCUCAAAAUCUAUUGAAUGCACCUCACAGUUUGGCAAUGGAUUCGACCAAUGCAUUAUACAUCUGUGACGCUGGUAACAGUCGAAUUCAAAAAUGGGUUCCAGGCGCUUCGAAUGGUACAACAGUGGCUGGCCAAGCAAAUGGAGCAGCUGGAUCGAGUGACGCCCAUUUCAAUCGUCCUUCGGGGAUAGCUAUCGACUCGGAUGGAAAUGUAUUUGUGGUUGAUACUUAUAAUCAUCGUGUUCAAAUAUGGAGAAAAGAUGCACUCUCGGGGAGUACGGUAGCUGGAGUAACAGGUAGUUUCGGCUUGCCAAAUGACCGACUGUAUCAUCCCUUUGGUGCUGCACGUGAUCCAAGAACGGGCACACUUUACAUUGCUGAUUAUGAUAACCAUCGUGUGAUGAGUUAUUUAUCCGGUUCAUCGUCAGGCACUGUUGUUGCUGGUGGCAACGGACCUGGCCUGAAGAAUACGCAACUUCUGUACCCUAUUGCAGUUGCUCUUGAUAUGUCAUCAGAAAGUCUUCUGAUUGUUAACUGGAGAGGACACAACAUAGUGCGUUGGAAGCUAGGUUCAAACAGUUGGACAAUUGCCGCGGGUAAUAUUAAUGGUGGUGCGGGAACAACAUCCAUGCAUCUAAACAGUCCCCGAGAUGUAGCUAUUGAUCGCUGGGGUAAUCUUUAUGUAGCAGAUACCAAUAAUCAACGGAUACAAUUUUUCAAAGCUGGGGAACUGAAUGGAACAACUAUUGCGGGUAUAACGAGUGCAAUUGGCAAUGUUGCAACGCAACUUUACUUCCCACAUUCACUCAUCCUAGAUAAUGAACUUAAUUUAUACGUGUCAGACAACCACAACCAUCGAGUCCAAAAAUUUAUGCGCUACUAA